AUGACCAGCCCACGCCUCCCAAAUCCAUACACCGAAGGCCCCGACGCCUCUGAAGAGGAACAAGACGCAUGGGCAACCGGAAUCGAUAGUUUCAUCCAGCACCUGGUGGCAAACAAGAUCAACCACCAGACAACUGCUACUCAGGUGUUUCUCGACAGCGGCUUCAACGAGCCGCAACAUCAGGACCUGCUAUACUACUACUCAUGCGCGGGGCUGCUGACGGCUACACGCGAGAACAGCCAGGCUGGGCCGUAUAUCCUAAUCAUCGCCGAGUUCUUCAAGUUGCUUAAGGAGGAGGGUCUGAAGAGGGACAAGACGCCGUCCGCACAUCGCUCGUGGGGAAAUGCCGUCGUGUUUCCCACCCUGAGGGGUAUCGCGGACGACAUUCCUGUCCCCCCUGGCUUCAAAUAUGACCCCCUCGCGUUCAGCGUCGGCCCUGAUGCUGAAUAUGUCCGCAACGAUGACACUUAUCUCUCCGACAUUGCCUCAUACACCCAGGAGCAAGAAGGCAUGAUUCGUUUCUGGUCGCUCGUCGGGCAUUUGGAAGCGUUGCAUGUGUUUGUUGACGGCUCAAGCGCUGGAGCAAUGACGCUGUUAUAUCACUCGGGUCCAUCCCUUAUCCGCGCUCUCGAAACUCCGGCCCUGCGGGCAACUUGGGAGACUGUAUGGGCGGCGGUGCCAAUGUUGCAACCUGGGAACGGACAAUUUCCUAAUGGAACAUGGAAUGGAGAUGCAGAUGAGCGGUCUGUUCAAUGGAGGGCCGCUUUCUUGGAUGCUGCGAACACGAUUGCUCUAGACGAGAGAGCACCUAUGGAAUGGCGCGGUCGGUUUGCGAUCAUAGCAAGAUCGCUCUCGACCAACAGAUAA